UAUACAUGUAAUAGUUUUUGGUGUUCAUUUUUACAAAGUAGCUAAGCUCGCAAGGUCACCGCACACAGUUUACUGUCUAGAUCUCAUUUCCAGGAACUUACAAUGGACGAACACGAAGGUGUUUUACGACUGAACGUUGAAUACAGAGUCUUUCAACAAAUGUACAGCACUUUGCACACUGGUAUUCAAGCUGGUCUGUCGGAUGUUGUCAAUGAAGUAUUCGCUAAAGGACUCAUCUCUCCACACACUAAGAGUGUAGCUGAUAACGUAGGCAUUGGGGAACCUUCUCGAGCAUCUAUACUGCUGAACUCGAUGCUGCAAAGGACCAAAACAUGUCCUAAGACAUUUAUCUUUUUUGCAGAAGCACUGGACUCCAUAACCUCAUUUCAGUAUCUUUCGAUGGACAUGAGGAGUAACUUUACAGCACUUGAAGAACAAGAUGCCGAAAGAGAGAGGGAAUUUCAAAAAAAGGCUAAAUUACAAGAGAUGAAGAGGCAGGAAUUACAACUCCAGAUUGUGCAGAAGCCCAAGCGCUUAUCUGUAGAGCCAGUGCAUGUGGCAGAACCAGACUCCCACACCUCUCCCGGUCUCAGUGUCAGCAAUAUGCAUAGGAUUGACAGGCCACGCCCCCCAUCUCCCAUGGUUUAUGUAGGGUUGGUGAACAAAGCCGCGACACAACUGUCGGAGGACACACCUCUAACACAAGAUGAGAUUGAUGCUCUACAGAAGCUUAUCGAGGGGACAGGAGUGAACAUUGAUGACAUCAUUGCUACUGGUCAAGGCAUCACUCUUGAAGAAGCUCAACAAAUGCUUGCUGAGAAAGGAUAUGCUGAGGACGCAGGGAAUCUCAAGACAAGGCUACAAGAAAUUGCUAAAGAGCAGCAGCGAUAUCUCGAGAUACUCAAGGAUUUAAUGACAGCUGCUGGCACCAUCGACCUUCGCUACUUGAAACUGUUUCUUGUUGGCCCACCUUAUGUGGGCAAGACGACCACUCUAAGCCGUCUCCUAAAAACAUUUGAGAAUAUUCAUUCAGCAGGAGACAAAUCAAACAUUCAAAGUACGCUACUCGCUAACUGUAUUCAAGCGUUUGCUUUUGUUGGUGACGACACAGCUGAGUGGCUAUCUUCCAAUAACGUCGACAAUGAAGCCCAACUUUUGUUCAACUAUUUGUGUGGACCGCUGGACACACCCCUCAGUGAACAACUAAGUGAAGAACACACUACUCCACCCAAACCUUCCAGAGAACAGUCACAUGUUCAACAAGAUGAAUCCCACAAGCUCAUUUCUGUAGAGAACGUUGUUUCACAAGUUGAUAAACUCGAUACUUCAGAUGGAGAAACAAAGACUUGCAAAAAUCAAAGAAUUAAUGAUGGUAUCAGUCGAUUCCAAAAAUUGAUCAAAAGUGGAGACUAUUCUACCCUUUUCAAGGCUUUGGGCACAUUUUUAAAUAUUAAUGAUAUCGGAGGUCAGCCAGGCUUUUUAGAAAUGCUCCCAGCUCUGAGCACUGGUCCUGCCAUGUAUCUCGUCUUCUUAGACUUGAGCAAAGAGCUAAACGAGCCGUACAAAAUCCAUUUUAGUCGCAAAGGCAAAAAAAUCACUCCCUAUGACGCUAUACAUACAGUCAAAGAAACAGUGUCUCAAAUCCUUUCUUCCAUCAGUAGCAUACAUAGUAACCCUCAGGUGACCUGUUCAUUCAAGACCGAUAAAGUUGAUGGAUUUAGCGAGAAGCUUAAAUUAUUCCAACAAGUUAGUCCCUUGGCUGCGCUGAUAGGCACUCACAAAGAUAAGCUGGAGCAUCCAGAGAAGGAAAUCAAAAAAAAAAGCAAAGAUUUAAAUGACAUUGUAAAAGAACAGUUUGAUAAAAUAAUGAUUAGUCCUGACGCUACUGAUUCAAAUCUAUUUACCGUAGACAACUACCAUGGAACUGAGCAGUCGGACAUAGGCCCACUUCGUAAAGUGUUAAGUGAAAUCUUUCAAACACGCUUCAAGAAUGCUUCGUUGCCGAUUAGACCAAAAUGGCUUUUAUUUGGACUCAUUCUCCGAAGGGAAUACAAGAUUGCCAGUAUUGAAGAUUGUUUAGAGUUAGGGAAGAAACUUGAAAUGGAUGAAAAUGAAACGACAUUUUGUCUGCGGUAUCUUCAUGACUGCGUUGGCACUAUCAUGCAUUACACAAGCGUUUUGAAUGAUAAGAAAAACUGGCUGAAGAAUCAUGUAAUCUGCUCCCUUCAAGUUCUUUUCGAUAGCAUCAGUGAGCUGAUUCUACCUUCUUUGUGUGUGCUUCGUUUUGGAGGUGCUUUCACUGAGGAUGAAAAAAAACUGUUUAGAAAGGGGCAAUAUUCAGCUAAAACUAUCGAAAUGUAUUGCAAAAAGUCAGGAAAUAAUGAACUUAUCCCAACCAAGAAUCUUAUAUCACUUCUUCAACAUCUUAACCUUCUCUCUGAAAUCAUUCACAAAGAUGUUAAUGACCCAAGCAAGUGUCGAAUCACCUAUUUUAUGUCGGCUAUCUUAGAGUGUGCUUCACAAGACGAGCUGACCAACCCACCUCCACCAGACGCCAACAACCCAGAGCCACUGCUCAUCACAUUCAGCUGUGGUUACGUUCCAACAGGAGUUUUUUGUGUUCUGAUCACUCGACUAGUUUCCCAAGGCCCUCAUGGAAUCCUUGGAUUUACUUGGGAGUUUGUGGAAGAUGGUGUCAAGCGAAAUUGUGUAUCUUUUCUCGUCGCCAAAACAAACAAGGUGACUCUACUAGCACACGAUCAAUGCUACGAAAUUCGAGUUGUCUGCAAUCCUGGUGGUCGCAUGUCUCUUCAUGACCUUUGCACUUAUGUUCUCUCAGUGAUGCUCUACACUCUCAAAAGCCUUUACCCACACUUGGUUCCUCAAAUUGCGUUCCAAUGUCCCUGCCCUGAUCACAAGUCCAGCCGAGAUAAUUUGUGCGCUCUUACCGAAGAUUUCUGGGUACAGUUUCUUUGUGGUAGUAAUCCAGUGACACCAACGAAAGACCAACAAGUUUGGUUGGGUAAGACUGUCUCCAUUGGUCAGAGUGCUAGCUUGGAAGUUUUCCGGUUCAUAAAGGGACAGUCUCUGAAGACAUUCUCUUUCAAUUGGAGCAAAGUGGGAGAUGACGACACACAGCUUUCAACUCAUCACCGUAAGCUCACCUUCCAGAGUGUGAGUGAGGAGGACCUGGACUACUACCAGUGUGAGGUGAAGGAGGCUGGGAAAGUGGUCCUCACUGUCUAUAGAGCUCUCUACAAAGAUACACUCAUGAGUGAAUCAUUGCUAGGAGAAUGCUCAGGAGCAGCUGAUCAGAAGAGAAGACUGUCAGCUGGGGAGACGUCCAGUGCAAAACGCCCACAGUCAAUAUCUCCUCAAGGAGAAUACUCAGGAGCAGCUGGUCAGAAGACAGCUGGGGAGACAUCCAGUGCAAAACGCACACGGUCAAUAUCUUCUCAAGGAGAAUGCUCAGGAGUAGCUGGUCAGAAGAUAAUGCUACCAGUGCAAACUCUCAAGCAGAUGACUACUGGUACCCCUGAAUACAAAGCCAUCUGUAGCUGCAGAGUGGAGCUGACAGAGAAGCUCUCUGCAUGCAUCCAAGAUGUAGCUAAAUACUUACGUCAGAGUGGAGAACUGACUAACAGCCAAUGCCAGACAAUCAUCCAUCAUGAAGACGGUGCUGAGAAACUCAUGGAUAUGAUCAUUGUCGACGUCAAAGAGCCAAAAACCACAUUGGAUGCUUUUACCGACUUAGUGACAGCAAUAAAAAACAGUGGGAACAAACACUUCCUUACAUUUGUCAAGGAUGUGAUUGAAGAGAAACGAAAAGAGUUCUAUAGGGAAUUGCUCACAGUUCCACCAAAUUUCCCGGCAUCUCAGGAAUACGACGUCUUCAUCAGCUACAGCCGUGAGGUUGGAACUAUGCGCACAGUGGACACUCUUUUGCGUCCUCCACUGGAACAAGAAGGCCUCACCGUGUUUGUAGACAGAGAUGGCGUUCGUCCUGGGGACAGAUGGCGAUCUGAGAUUGCCUCCGCUAUCAAAACUUGCAAAGCCUUUAUCUGUGUACUCACUAAACGCUACAUGAGGUCUGUCUACUGCAAUGGAGAGUUGUACGAAGCAGAAGCUCUUCGCAAGCGUAUGUUCCCAGUGGUGUGCGAGAAGGGAUGGGAAGAUGUACCUGGAGGUGCUCCUGUGACGGAGAUAGUGAAGGAGGUUGAGUAUGUCUCUCUAGUGGCAGAAGACAGCGAGACACAACUGACAAAACUGGUGGAAAGUAUCAAAACGUCAGUCAGUGCGUAGUACCUGAACUAACUGCACCGUUACACUGUUUAUAGGUAUAGAUCUAUUUAAUAGCAAACUGCUGUAUUAGUAAAACCAGUAGGUUUUACAUAGGAUUGGCAGUGGGUUUGCCCGUGUUUCAAUUAUUUUGACUCAUGUUCAAACUGUUCUAUCUCUGCAGGGAAAGGCCACAUCAAGGAACUGGCUGGACAGAUAGUUUAUUUAGCCUUUUCUCUCUUUGUAUCUCUCAUUUCAUAAUCCAUGAACAUUUUAAUGAAUGAAUAUUGUCAUUUUAAAAAUUGCACUAUUUCGAAGUUUCA